UCUCCUCCCUCCUUCCUUCCCUCCCUUCCUCCGUCUCUCCCUCCCUCCCAGCUCCUGCACCAGGAAACAGCCCGGAUCCUGGCAGCGGCCUGACCCGGCUCCACGCUGGCCAGGAGGAUGAAAGGCCCCAGCUGGGGGCUCCUUGCCACCAGCGCUGGGUCCUAAAAGCUGCCAUCCAGGCUGGCUGCCCGGAUGGCGACCCCAGCCUCAGCCCCAGACACACGGGCUCUAGUGGCAGACUUUGUAGGCUAUAAGCUGAGGCAGAAGGGUUAUGUUUGUGGAGCAGGCCCUGGGGAGGGCCCAGCAGCUGACCCACUGCACCAAGCCAUGCGUGCAGCUGGAGAUGAGUUUGAGACCCGCUUCCGGCGCACCUUCUCUGAUUUGGCAGCCCAGUUGCAUGUGACCCCUGGGUCAGCCCAGCAACGCUUCACCCAGGUCUCUGAUGAACUCUUCCAAGGGGGCCCCAACUGGGGCCGCCUUGUGGCCUUCUUUGUCUUUGGAGCCGCACUGUGUGCUGAGAGUGUCAACAAGGAGAUGGAGCCACUUGUGGGACAAGUGCAAGAGUGGAUGGUGGCCUACCUGGAGACACGGCUGGCCGACUGGAUUCACAGCAGUGGGGGCUGGGCGGAGUUCACAGCUCUAUACGGGGACGGGGCCCUGGAGGAGGCGCGGCGUCUGCGGGAGGGGAACUGGGCCUCAGUGAGGACAGUGCUGACAGGGGCCGUGGCACUGGGGGCCCUGGUAACUGUAGGGGCCUUUUUUGCUAGCAAGUGAGAAAGUCCAGGGCCAGGUGGGGCUAGGUGUAGUUGGGGGACAAGAGAGCAGGAACAGAACAAGAGAAAUGCCCUUGGAAGAAGUGGGUGAAUGGAUGGGCAUGGAAUGGGGAUGGGAAGGGGCAGGGUACUGUGGGAAGGAGCUGUGUGUGCCAGGCAGGCAGUCGGAAGGAUGAGCUGGAGACAUUAGGGGAUGUGUUUGGAAAGCGAGCAGGCCAGGAGAUGGAGGCAUUCCAGGGUUGGGAGGAGGUGGGAGAGAUCAUGCCUAUACGUAUAGGCACACAAAACUAUAACUAGAGCUUACUUUGUAGCCCUAAAGAAGGAGGAUUUGCAUAAGGGGUUGUGUCUCCAUUGGAUGAGUGAGAUUUGGGGAAAAACACCGAAGGCACAUCCCUUUGGAAUGGAAGCUUGGAGUUCUCAGGUGAUAGGGAGAGGUGGCUGUGAUGUUGGGCUGCUUGGACAUGUGUAUGCAUGUGCACGCGUGCUUGUGUGCAUGCUAGGCUGCUUGUCUAACAUGGUGGCGGCCGUAUUCACAGAGAAAACAUUCCCUGUUGAAGUGGCAAGAACAAGGGGCAGCUCUCUGCCCCUCCUCCCAACUCCCUUCUCCCCCUCUCCUUGUCCUGAUGCCUCAAGGCUAUGGGAAAAACACUGUAUCCAGAAGAGGGCUUUGGGCACUUUUCCACAGAAAGUCAUUUGCAGGGCUUUGGAGAUAAGUUCUGUAGCUGGCCCUGUUGCUUCACCGUCCCUAUUCCUUGUGCAUCAUGCACUUGCUGCUGCCUCCUGGGCUCUGACAGAAAACAGGGCCGUGGAGCCUGCAGUGGGGGUGGGUGGGGAGCUGGACCUACCUGCCGCCCUCCUCUCCCACUGGGGCACACUGGUGCCUAAAGUGUUCCCUGUCUCUGGGACUUUCUGCACCCAAACUCAAACUCUAAAUUGGGACUCUAAUUUUCCUUGUGAGUGUGUGGAGGUAAAUGCUGAUCUAGAGUACAGUCUGGGUCUUGCACUGUGUCUCAGUGAGACUGCUGAUGCCUUGAGAGGAACAUUCCAGCUCUGAACCCCAUAGGUGUGAGGGUGACCUAUACUCCGUGACUGGCCUAUUCCGUGUAGUGGGCUUUGGUGCUGCUUUAUCAAGGGCCAGAUAUAUGGGUUCUAGAGUACCUACCAUGACCUAGAAGCAUUUAUAUUUUCUUUGAAGCCACGCUGUUUGCAUGGGUGUUACUUGUCUGUACCUCUGAGUCUGAGGACGUUAACUUUAGAGCUCACAGUCCUCUAGAACAGAUUCCACUUAUAGCUUUUUCUUUUGAGAAAGAAAUGAUUUCACUCCAGAUGCAUGCCCUGAGCCAGACCUCACUGCUGCACUUCCCAAGGUGCUAAAAUUGCUGCUCUCCAAUGCUGACUUCAGACACAGUGCUCUAGAACCCUGCCCUUGAUCCUGAGCACUGAUCAGCUUAGCUAGACCAUGGUUGACUCUUCUUGGGAUUUUCAUUUGGUCCCAAAAUGUGGCAACAUAGUUGUACUCACAAGAAUGUGGGACCAAAAUUGGCCUCAGGUGUUUAGCCCAGACUUUUGCUUUUGAGAGAGGGCUGCACUUUUUAAUGGUAUUUAUAGGGGAGGUGGAAGACUGCAUGUGCCACUUGGUCCAUCGUGAGUAUGCUGAUACCAGAAACUCAGAGCUGGUCUGUGGCAGGCAGUUGGGGUGGGGUGGGGGGUCUCUGACUUGCUCAGGACAAACUAGACCAGUGGUUUUCAGGCUGCUUGGCAGAGCCCUGAGGUUUCCUAGGGGUUGCCUCAGGAGGCCUUGGGGAGGUGAAGGGAGGGGGUGCUGAGCAGGCUGGGCUACUUGUCCUUAAACAGAAUAGCUCCCCUUGUAGCUGUCUUACAUAUCGGGGUUCAGGGUAAGAUUUUAUUUGCAUUAAGGGGUUUGCUGCUGAAAAAAAAAAGUUGGAAAACCACUGACUAGACCAUCAGCUCCAAAUUGGAGCCUGUGCUCCCCCAGGUUUGGGGCAGACUCCACCCUCCCCUCUACCACAAGACCACCUAUCCCUGUUAACUCUCCUGGGGACCUUUAGCAAACAGGAGCAGCAGGGACCAUGGUCAGGUAACUGAAAUGCCCUGCUCUGAGGCCUUCACACCUUGGUAGAAGGAGAAGUUGUUUUCUGAAAGGGUAAAGGGCUUGGAUUCCCAGAAGCAUAGCUUGAAUGGGACCGUAGUGGGCAGUUUUGAUCUGUCCUGUCCUUGAGGGGCAAUGGAAACCCCAGAGACUCUUCUAUCAGGGAAAACUAGAGACUCUUCUAGAGCCAUAUAGUUCCUUGGGAUUAGCUCUUGGCCAGGAAGGCUGAGUAUGGCUCCCAAUUUUUAAAUCUAUUUCAUUUUUUAAAAAAUAAGGAAAAUAAAUCUAAUUGCCAUUUUUCAGAGAUUAAAUAGGUAGAGAGGGUGUUUCUUGCUCUCCAGAGCCCAAAGGGACAUAUAGGGAUUUUGCUUAGGCCAAGGAAGGAGCAGAAGUAGGGCAACUAGGUCCUGCGAUUAUUAAUCCUACUCCCCACUUAUUCUAGGGUAUAUACUAUUUUACUUUUUUAAAUCAUAAAAUGGCGAGAGAACAGAUUUGGUUAGUUUAGAAGAAAAGAAAAAGCUCUAUAAAUAUAAAUAUAUAUUCCUGUAUUUUUAUUUAAUAAUUUAUAAAUAUCAAGUUCAUUUGACUUUUAUUUUUGUGUAAUAUGUAAUGGUCGUAUUAAAAAAAAAUAAAGCCCAGAAGUUUAAUGAGAAGGACUGAGCAGGGUUUGUGACUUCUACACUCUA